ACAAAGGAUGGGAGAUCACAGUGGGUUGGAAGGACUGUGGGGGGUGGAGGUCUAGGGCACUGGAGGGAGAGAGCUGGAAAGAGAGGAGGUGACGCGUGGAGACUGAGAAGCCUGAGACUGAGGCUCUGAAGAGGCUGUGGUUACUGAGACAAGGUGUAGGUGCGACCACGGGGUGGAGGGGCCGGAAGAACAGCUGGUCAGGGAACAAGAGAGGCCUGGUGGCAGAAGGAAGGAGCGUCAUCCUGGAUAUGGAAAUCACCAAGAAUGUUGAUAAGAGCAGCCUGAGUGGCAGUGAGCCUGGAGCUAAAAUCAUGGAGAAGUGAGGAGUAGUCAUCUGGGUCAGCAGAUGAUGAUGACAAGGACUCUGGCGGCCGGAGAUGGGCGCCCGGCCUUCGCGGCGGCGGCUGCCCGCGGACCCGCCCAUAGCCUUGGACGUGCUGCCGCCGGAGCUGCUCGUGCAGGUGCUGAGCCACGUGCCACCGCGCGCGUUAGUGACGCGCUGCCGCCCAGUGUGCCGCGCCUGGCGUGACGUGGUGGACGGGCCCACCGUGUGGCUGCUGCAGCUGGCCCGCGACCGCAGCGCGGAGGGCCGCGCAUUCUACGCGGUGGCCCAGCGCUGCCCGCCCAACAGCGAGGACGAGGAGGAGUUCCCGCUCCGCGCCCUGGCGCGCUACUGCCUGCGAGCGCCCCUCGGCCGCAACCUCAUCUUCAACUCCUGCGGAGAGCAGGGCUUCAGAGGCUGGGAGGUGGAGCACGGCGGGAAUGGCUGGGCUGUGGAAAAGAACCUAAUACUGGUGCCGGGCGCUCCUUCCCAGACCUGCUUCGUGACUUCUUUCGAAUCUUUAAUCCACCUUGAAUGUGAUGUUCGCUUCCCAUUGGCUGACCCAACAGGAAGUAGAGGAUGGUGCUUCAAGAGGCAGCUUGUGGACUUGGUGAUGGAGGGUGUGUGGCAGGAGCUGCUCGACAGCUCCCAGAUCGAGAUCUGUGUGGCCGACUGGUGGGGUGCCCGGGAGAACUGCGGCUGCAUCUACCGGCUCCGGGUCCGCCUCCUGGACAUCUAUGAAAACGAAGUGGUCAAGUUCUCGGCAUCGCCCAACCCGGUCCUUCAGUGGACUGAAAGAGGCUGCCGACAGGUCUCCCACGUCUUUACCAACUUUGGCAAGGGCAUCCGCUACGUGUCUUUUGAGCAGUAUGGAAGAGACACACGUUCCUGGGUGGGGCACUAUGGUGCCCUCGUGACCCACUCCAGUGUGAGGGUCAGGAUCCGCCUGUCCUAGCUAACCAGCCUGAUCCAGCCUUCCGGGACAGACUGCCAUCUGCCAGACACCGUCGUCAAUCAAGGUCUGCUUUGCAGCCAGGAGCCGGAGGAUGCCCGGGGACAGUGGGGUUCCCGUGUAGCCUGUUCCCGGAAUGUUUCCAGUGAACCCCACUUGCUGCUGCUUCAGCGUGGUGGCCCCCAUGCUAUUCGAGAAACCAGGGAUCCAACCAGGCUGGUCACUUGCUUCCCCAGCUUCCCAGGGGGAGUGUCAAAGAGUUAACUCAGAGACCUGUAUUUUACUUGCAAAUUUUUUUCUCACAUGUGUGGAUAUCAGUUGACGGACUGAGUCAAAAAACAAAGGCCAAACCAGGAUUUCAAAUAGAGGAAAGCUGCUGACAAUCUUGGCCAAGGACUCUUGUCAGCAUGUUUUGGGGGCAAGGUGAUUGCUGGCAGGGAGCAGAGGUCCUUGAGGGGACCAACAGCAGCCUCAAAGGGAACUCUUCCUGUUGUUUUGGGGAGUCUCUGGGAUUCGGCAGUGGGGCCCGUGCAACCUCCUCCAGCACCGCGCCCAUCAGCACGUCCCCUCUGGGCCAGACUGGUGCCAUUUCUUUCAGAAUUUCUGAGGCCAGUUCUGCGCUGACCCCCAAACUGUACCCUCCACCCCCACCUCCUGCCCCUGCCUCAGGGGCAGCUCGCCUCCUGUCAGGCGACAGCCUCCUUUUCUCCACACUUGAGCCCGCUUGGAGAUGGACCCCAGGAGCAAGGCAUGCUGUGAAGGAAAGCUCUCCUUUCCCCAGCUGAGCGCAGCCAACAAGCUCGCUCAAUAAAAUCGGUGCUAAGCAUGAGGUGAUGGGGGAUUUUUGUCUGUAAUCAAUGCACUUGUUUGCCCCUAGCUCUGAUCCUAAAAGGCCUUGUGGGAUGUUUCCAAUCGUGAGAACUUCAGGUGUGCUAAGUGCCGCGCAAGAAACAGAGGUGGACUUCGAGAACCCAGAGACAGGCUACAAGGGCUCACCCAAAAGCUCCUGUGCCCGAUCUCAGCUGUUCUCCCAGCAGCUCUCACGGAGACACUGUCAUCACUGCCGUUUAGUCCAGACAGAAACGGGCUCAGAGUUUAAAAGGCCUGCCCAGCGUCACCUGGCCAGGAAACAGGGGAAGCCGGACUUACACCAGACAUUGGGCUCCAAAGCCUGAUGAUAUAAGCUCAGCUCCCAAAUUUUAAAACCGAACAUGGCCAAGCAUAUGAUCGGGUGAGGUCAGCAUCACUCUCAGUGCCAUUUUCCAAGGGAGGAAACUGAAGCCAGAGGGGGAAGCAAAUAUACCCAGAGUCACAGAACAAGGAAGAGGUGGAGGCAGGAUUUGAACCCAGGUGUGUGUGAGUCUGAGAAUAACAGAGAAGAGCAGCACACACCAUUCAAUCCUUGCAACACCCCUUCGUGGCCAACAUUACAAUUACUGCCACUUUUCAGAUGAGGAAGCUUGACAGCAGGGCUUUCGUGCCCAGGCCCUCAGCCUGCAGGAAGGGGAACUGGGCCUCAGUGCUGCCCACCUCACGCCAAAGCUUAAAACAGAGUGGCCAUCGCAUGUGUUAUACACAUAAAGCAUCCAGUUUAAUCUUCACCAAACCCAACAAAGGUGAUACUGCAAGUGGAGCUAUUUUUUUCUGCAGGAGGAAACAGGCCAGAGGGGAUGUUGGUGCCCAAGACCACACAGAGGUCAAAUACCAUGCAAAUACCACAGGGCGGGGUGGGGUUGGGGGGGGCGUGUCUGUGUUUAUUGCAACCCCUUCCCAGUAGAUGGCAGUACAGUGUCUUGUCCCAGCAGAAGAAGUCCCCGGUGCCAACAUGGAAACCAAGGGUGUUGGGAGAGGGGCGCCUUUUUUCUGAUUCACACCCAGGACCACUAUGGGUUAAGGGUGGUCCUGAUGGAAGAGGCGGCCAGGCUUUGAACCACAACCAGCUACUUCUAGAGUUGUACUAGCUUCCCAAGGACACUGCAGGGGCCCCGAGGGGAAGGUUCUUGUUCUGCGGUGAACACCCACCCGCCGUGUCCCGGGGGAGGUGGGGAGGGAGUCACUUCUUCUUCUGCACGUGGCCACAGUCGUACUUGCCCCGCACGAUGGUGAGCUUGACGCCGGGCAGGUCCUGCGUGCGGCCGCCCUGCACGAGCACGACGUGGUGCUCCUGCAGGCUGUGGCCCUCUCCGGGGAUGAAGCAGACGGCCUCCCGACCGGUGCUGAGCCGCACGCGGCAGCAUUUGCGGUUGGCCGAGUUGGGCUUCUUGGGCUUGCGGAUGAACGUGCGCAGGACCACGCCCUUCAGCUGCGGCCGGCCCUCCAUGGGGCCCACUUUCGGAGGCGGAUGCUUCGGAGGUCCCCGGCGGUGCAUCUGGUUCAGGGUGGCCAUGGGACGCGUGGCCCAAGGCCGCGGGGCCAGGGCUAGGCCUGGAGAGACACAACCGGGAGGGCUAGUU